AUAGGGUUUUCUGAUUGUGACGUGGUCGUUGUAAUCUAGUAGGUCGUGGUAAGAACACAACGAAUGAUACCCCUCAGGAUCUACGCCCGCCGCCACAAUGAAGAACAAGUGACGAAGUGCUGUUUGUUAUGAUUCGUGUGUUUGUGCCCAGCUUCCGAGAAGUGGAUGAACCCAAUGGCCGUAGUUACGUUGUUUAUUCUGUAGAGGUGAAUGUCUCCGGCGUCUGUCACAAAUUGGAACGUCGCUACAGAACUUUUCACACCUUGCACAAGAAUGUGAGGCGGUUACUGGGGAACCGAGCACCUUCCGGGUUUCCCCCAAAGCGAAUUCGGAAUCUUAGCCCAAAGUUACUUGAGCAGCGAAGAGCUGGAUUAGAACGUUAUCUUCAAGGCCUUCUACGGAUCCCGUCUUUGUCAAAUCAAGUCCUGUCGUUUUUAGAACUCCCAGCAGCUCAGAUGUCACCCAUUGGAAGCAACGCCUCAAUCGACAGCGAUGAACAGGAGUUCAGACCUGUACAUCAACCACUGUUGAGCUUUUUGCCCGAUCCUUACCCAGAUACUUGGAGCACAGACACACUACCAGAUAUUGUAACCAAAGGAGUUCUGAAGGGACUGUUUGGUUCUGACUACGAGGACUGAUGUGUUGCAGGUGAAGCAGUCUGUGCUUCAUUUUUAUUCAGUUUUAAUUACGCAUUUUCAGCAUUACAUUAUGAAGCGGCUUCGAGGAAGAUAGUUGGAUGCUUCAAACCCUGAGAGCGCUACAACAACCUUAUUGUGGUUCAUCGGGCAACAAGUUCCGACAAGAAAAGACACCGAACGGGUCUGAACAAAAGUAAGGAGUGGGUGAGACAGCCCUCGAACUUGAAGAAUUCUAGACUAAGACAGAUGCAACGCAACCAAGAAACUACAUCUUGCCAAGCACUACAAUAUUCCUGAAUGACAAGAGGAAGCAGUAUUUUUCAUUUGUAUUCCUUGCACUCAUCUUGUGAACAGCACAAAGUUUUCGACA